AUGUCCGCCUCAUCAAAUUCUAAUAAUUAUUCAUCUGUUGUAAUUGCAGGAGCAAGUGGUAAUCUUGGUAACCAAAUUGUUAAAGCUUUUCUCAAUCAACCAAAUGUUAGAACUCAUAUUCUUGUUAGAAAUGAAAGCAAACACAAGGUUGAAGAAUUGAUCAAGUUGGGAGCUCACAUUAUUGAGGGAGAUGUAACAACCUCAAGUGUUGAAGAGUUGGCUCAAUCAUUCAAAGGAAUUGAAGUUAUUGUUAGUGCACUUUCUGGUGAUCAUUCAGUUGUUUUUGAUGGUCAACUGAAAUUAUUGAAUGCUGCCAAGUUGAGUGGGGUUAAAAAGUUUGUUCCUUCAAGUUACGGUUUCAAUUUCCAAGAUUAUUUGCAAUUAGGUGAUAGUUUACUCAUUGAUCCAAAGAAGAAAUUGAUUAAUGAUUUGCAAUCUCAAAACCAAGUUGACUAUCUAUUGAUUCACAAUGGUUUAUUCUAUAGUUAUGCUUUCUUUCCAGGUUUCCUAUUCCAAAAGGAAAAUGACACUAUUAAAUACUAUGGAGAUUUGAAUGUCAAAAUCCAAUUGACUGACACUUUAGAUAUUGCCAAGUAUGUUGUCGAAGCAUCUUUGAAUCCACAAUUAAAGAACAAAUCCAUCAACGUUGCUGGUGAUGAAAAGACCUUGGAAGAAUUAGCUCACUUGAGUUUCCCUCAAACUCAACUCAAAUUUGAAAAGUUGGGAUCCGCCCAAGAUUUGAAGAAUCUCAUCCAGAAAGAAAUUCAACAAGGAUUGAAACCAGAACAAAUUGGUCCAAUUAUUUAUCAACAAUUACAAUGGAUUGCAAUUUCAGGAGUUGCACAUCCACCAAAAACUGAUAACGAUCUCUUCAAUGUUAAACCACUUUCAUUGAAUGAUUAUGUAAAAAAUCAAAAACAAUAA